ACCGUUUAAUUGGCUUCCAUUUCCUCUCAGCUGGUCCUGGGUGGAACAACUUUUAACAGACCGUCUCUCACUCUCAGACAGACACACACACACACACACACACACAUACACAGUCUUACACAAACACACACACACAGAUCAGCAGCUCGCAGACACCGCGUGUGUUUACAUGAGCGCAGCAUAAAAGUGGAGACCAGCUUCCUGUCCAGCACAUACAUCACUUGAAGGUCCUACCAAGAAGACGUCCACCACUAACUGUGACAACAAUGACUACACUCAAUCUCCUCUUCCUGAUCGUCCUCCAAAUACAUCUUUCUGUUCCGCUAGAGGACAACAAAAUCCCUGCCAGUCUGUGUUCGGGUCACCCUGGAAUCCCUGGCUCUCCGGGAGGUCACGGCAGCCCCGGUCAACCGGGCAGAGAUGGACGGGAUGGAAGGGACGCUGCGCCGGGCGAGAAGGGAGAGAAGGGGGACAUGGGAGCUCCAGGUGAGGCGGGUGCACAAGGUCUAAGUGGGGUCAGAGGUGACUCUGGAGAGCAAGGGCAGAAGGGCGAGGCGGGACAGUGUGCCGUCUCCCCCAAAUCCGCCUUUAGCGCCAAAGUGUCGGAAGGUCGCGACCUACCCCUCCCCGCGGGCGACACGGUGCUCUUCGACAAGACCCUCCUCAACGAGCAGGGCGACUACAACGCCGAGACGGGCCGCUUCACGUGCAAAGUCCCCGGCGUCUACUACUUUGCCGUGCACGCCACCGUGUACCGUGCCAGCCUGCAGUUUGACCUGGUGAAGAACGGACAUGCCGUCGCGUCCUACUUUCAGUUCUUCGGGAACUGGCCCAAACCAGCGUCGUUGUCGGGCGGUUCCUUGCUCCACCUGGUGCCUGGAGACCAGGUUUGGGUCCAGAUGGCUCUGGGUGAGUACAAUGGAUUGUACUCCAGCACUAAGACGGACAGCACCUUCAGCGGCUUCCUGGUCUACUCGGACUGGAAGAACUCUGCAGUGUUUGCAUGAGCAGUCAAAAACUACAACCUUUACAGUCAAAUAUUAAACCACUUUUUAAGCCACUUAUAACUUUGGGUAAAUAUCUUACAAGUGUAAGAUAAAGUGCAUUUUUUUUUGUAUCGUAAGUAUAAUUAUCAUCUAUCACAGGAGUAGGGAACCUAUGGCUCUAGAGCAGUGUUUUUUUAACCAAUUUUCCCUCUGCACACAAGUGUGCCGUGAGAUACGAUCUGGUGUGCCGUGGGAGAUGGUCUAAUUUCACCUAUUUGGGGUAAAAAAGGUUUUUUGCAAACCAGUAAUUGUAGUCUGCAAAUGAUGUGUUGUUGUUGAGUGUCGGUGUUGUCUGGAGUAACCGUGUAGUACUCUCCCAUAUCAGUAGGUGGCAGCCGGUAGCUAAUUGCUUUGUAGAUGUUGGAAACAGCGGGAGGCAGUGUGCAGGUAAAAAAAAAAGGUAUUUAUUGCUUAAACAGGAAAGUAAACAAAAGGUGAGUGUCCCUAAGAAAAGGCAUUGAAGCUUAAGGAAGGCUAUACGGAACAAAACUAAAACUGAACUACAAAGUAAACAAAACCAGAAUGCUGGACGACAGCAAAGACUUACUGUGGAGCAAAGACGGCGUCCACAAAGUACAUCCGGACAUGACAAUCAACAAUGUCCCCACAAUGAAAGAUAAUCCAUCCAUUUUUCUACCGGUUAUUCCCUUCCGGGUCACGGGGGGAGCUGGAGCCUAUCUCAGCUACAAUCAGGCGGAAGGCGGGGUUCACCCUGGACAAGUUUCCACAUCAUCACAGGGUAAAAACAACUGAAAUAUUCUUGAUUGCUAAAACAAAGUAGAUGCGGGAAAUAUCGCUCAAAGGAAGACAUGAAACCGCUACAGGAAAAUACCAACAAAAUAGGAGCGCAAGACAAGAAGUAAAACACUACACACAGGAAAACCGCAAAAAAUACACAAUAAGUUAGUGCGUGAUUAGACAGGUGGUGACAGUUCACCUACUUUGAGACAAGAACUACAUUGAUGCAUGCUUGGUUAUGCUUUAAAGUCAUAUCCAAAAAUUGCGACGACGACUUUUUACUGUCAACUGAGUUUCGUUUUUUUGUGAUUUCUGCUGGUGGUGUGCCUCCGGAUUUUUCCAACGCAAAAAAUGUGCCUUGGCUCAAAAAAGGUUGAAAAACGCUGAUCUAGAGCCAGAUGUGGCUCUUUUGAUGACUGCAUCGGGUUCUCAGAUCAAUUUUAGCUGACAUUGCUUAACACGAUAAGUAAUGAAUAAUUCCGCUGGUAAUCACAAUGUUAAAAAUAACGUUCAAAAUAUAAAACAUUCUCAUGCAUUUUAAUCCAUCCAUCCGUUUUCUACCGCACCCGUUCAAGAAAUAACAAUGUUAUUAAAAGGAAUUAGAGACUUAUUAUACUCUAAAAAUGUUGGUCUUACUUAAAAAUGCACGCAUUUAGUUACAUACAUCCAUCCAUCCAUUUGCUACCGCUUAUUCCCUUUUGGGGUCGCUGGCGCCUAUCUCAGCUACAAUCGGGCUGAAGACGGGGUACACCCUGGACAAGUCGCCACCUCUAUAAUAAGGCUCUCACGGAAAUACAUUUUAAAAUAUUUGGCUUUCAUGGCUCUUUCAGCCAAAAAGGUUCCCGACCCCUGAUCUAUCGUUAUCACUGGAGGAAGAGGCUGGACUUGUAGCACACAGUUUAAAUAUUGUGUUGAUAUUGUUAAACUGUCAUUAGCACUCAACAUAAUUACAUUGGAAAACAUUUACAGUCAAUACAUGAGAUGGUAUCGACCAUCUCACUCAUGGAUGAUCGAUAUCGGAAUUGGAAGCACAAAACCCUGAUUGAAAUAUCCCUAGUUUUUACAUCCACGCUGUAACUCUGCACUUGUCCUACGGUACAGAUGCAAGUUUGUCAAUCAAAGAGGGAAAAUAAUACCUACAUAUUGUGUGAAUGUGUGACAUUAAACUUGUGAUCCAAGCAGCAUUGACAAGUUGACAACAGACAAAAAUAAAUGAAUAAACCAAAUCUGCAGCAGCUGGCUGACUCCCUGUAUCACUAUAGUGUGCACUGUGCAGCACAUGACAUCAAUCACUAGCGACGCGCUGUGUAUUGUUACGUCUGACCAGUCUUCCUCUCAGGGAAUAAAAGUCACCGGUCAUUCCCAAAUUCUUUCAGAUGACAUAUGUUGAGUAACAAGAUUCAUCAAGACAAUAGGAAUAUUAUCAAGUUUUACUAAAGCUUUAGGAGACCAGUCCUGCAGUGCGCUAAUACCAGCAUCUAGAAGAGGUCUGAAAGUCAAACGGGGAGAGACAACUUAUUGAAUAAGAAAACAGCCCCCACCCUGCCCAGAAAGGAAUACAGCCUCAUUGUUCUAAUACUGAUAAGGUAAAAGGGGAAUAUGCUAUACUCCCACAUUUCAACCCUUCAAGGUAAAGCACAGAGUUUACUUGCGGACAUAAGAUACAAGCAAAAAGAGUACACAUGGGAAAAUAUUAGCUGCUUUAAACAUGACUAUGAAUAAAGAAAGAACUCUUAAAAAUAUAUGCAUUCUCCACAGUGAUGUAGCAACGUAGCAAACACAUCGGCACUGACCAGAUGCAGUAUGAGCUUUGACAAGCACAAAGACACCGCAAUAAAAAACAAAAACAAUGAAUAAACAAUAUUUUUUUUUAAAACCACACCCGCCAUAUAGAAGAUAUAUGACGACUAUUUUUUUAAAGACUGUUCCUGAAAAUAGCAGAUGUCACAUAAAGGAUAUUUUAGGAACACAAAAUAUGACUUUGGACUAAACAGUAUUAUCUAUUUGAUGAAAUAAAACACGCAUUGCAUGAACAAAAUAAAAAAUACUUUUUAAGUCCCCUAGUCCUUAGCUUUCUGAAAAAAUUAUUACCCCCCCCCCCCUCUCUCUUUUAUAAGAAUAAAGUUAUAAUACUACAAAACACAUAUUGUAACAUUAAAAGAAUAAAGUAAUUAAUAAGGCCAGGAAAAUGUCCUCAAAAAGGAAAUAAAACAACCAUAUGAGAAUUAAAGUCAUAAUAUUAUUAAAAAAUAUUGUAAUUUUAAACAGACUAAUAUUAUUUAACAGACUAAAGUUAUUAAAGUUAUUACUUGUGGCAUUUGUGAUUAAUGGCAAUAAAAAUAAACUAUGAUUGAUGGAUUGAUUUGUCAGGAAAAAAAAGUAAUAAUUUUAUGAUAACAAAGUCAUAAAAUUACAAGAAAUAUAUUUUCAUUUUUACCAAAACAAAGUAAUUAAUACUUGACAGAAAAAAAGUCAUUUAAAAGAAAGAAAGAUAAGAAAGAUAAUCGUAUGAAAAUAAAGACUUAAUAUUGUAAUUUUAACAGAAUAAAAUAAUUAAUAUUGUCAGUAAAAAAGUAAUUUGAAAGGAAAAAAGUCAUACGGUAAUUUAAUGAGAAUUAUGUCAUAAUAGGGCAAAACAAAUAUUGUAACAUUAACAGAAUAAAGUCAAAAAUAAUGCCAGGAAAAUGUCCUUAAAAAGGAAAAAAAAAAACAAUCAUAUGAGAAUCGAAGUCAUAAUAUUAUUUAAAAAAAAAUUAAUUUUAACAUAGAAAAGUGAUUAUCCCAGCCCAAACCCCUGAGGCAUUUGUGAUCGAGGGCUAUACAAAUAAGCUUUUGAUUGAUUAAUUUUGUCAAGCCGCCCCACCUCCUGAUAUUCUUUUUGUAUUUGAUCAUGUUUUUAAAAAUGUAUACUGACUUGUCUAGUUAGUGAUACUACAACAUAGAUGUUUGUAUCUAUAAAGCAUGGAUCAACUUCAUUCUAUAAACUCCCUUAUGCAAUCAGAUGAAUAUCAAAUUAUUCAGUGUGCAUUACAGGUGCAUUUUAUCAUCCAUCCAUCCAUCCAUUUCCUACCGCUUGUCCCUUUCAGGGUCGCACCAAAUUAUAGACCUGUUUCUUUAUGUUCACAACCUUCUGAAGUCAUUGAAAAACUGUUCGAAAACAAAUCGGACAAUUUCUAAACAAAAAUGGAAUACUCGCUGAGAACCAAUAUGCAUACAGAGCUGAUAUUUCAACAUCGAUGGCUUUAAUUGAAAUAAAAGAGGAAAUUACCAAUGCAAUAGAUGCUAAAUAGUGUGCAGUAGCAGUGUUUAUUGGUUUAACUCAAGCAUUUGACACACUUAAUCACAAUAUUUUAUUCAAAAAAUUAGAACGGUAUGACAUCAGAGGAUUGAUCUAAAAAUGGUUUAGAAGCUACUUAACCAACAAGAAGCAAUAUUUGAAUCUAUAGGCGAAAACACGUCUACAACGCUAAAUAGAUCAAUACUAGGACAAACAUUGUUCAAUCCGGAUAUACAUGAUAUGGGUAAAGUUACAAAAGACUUAAAAGUUAGUAUUAUUCACGGAUGAUACAACAGCUAGCAAACACUGAAGAUAAUAUAAAUAAUAAAAUAAGAAAUGAACACAUUUAAAUGACAUUAUGACAAAAACAGACUGUCCUUAAACCUCAGUAAACUAAAAUAAUGCUAUUUGGUAACAGUGGAAGAGAAAUUCAAACACAAAUACAAAUAGAUGGAGUAGAUAUUGAAAGAGUAAAGGAAAUCAAAUUUCUAGGUAUGGUGAUUUAUGAUGAAAUGAACUGGAAAUCUCAUAUUAAAAUAUACAACAAAGUAGGAAAGAAUAUAUCAAUCAUUGAUAUAUAAACUAUCAGACUGCGUGGUCGGUAGUAGUGGGUUUCAGUAGGCCUUUAACCACUUUGAAUUGGAUUGGAAUCGUAAUAAAUAAGAAUUGCGAUUCAGAUGUGAAUCGAUGUUAUUUGGCACCUCUACCACAAAUCACAUACAACAAGUUAACACUAAGGAGAGGAGGAGAAGGACACAAACGCUAGCAACACUAGCAUAGCUACGUUAGCGACCCUGCUAACAUUACACUCACAUUCUUUAAAUAGACUCCCUUUUUAGACCAGUUGAUCUGCCGUUUCUUUUCUUUUUCUCCUAUGUCCCACUCUCCCCUGUGGAGGGGGUCCGGUCCGAUCCGGUGGCCAUGUACUGCUUGCCUGUGUAUCGGCUGGGGACAUUUCUGCGCUGCUGAUCCGCCUCCGCUUGGGAUGUUUUCCUGCUGGCUCCGCUGUGAACGGUACUCUCGCUGCUGUGUUGGAUCCGCUUUGGACUGGACUCUCGCGACUGUGUUGGAUCCAUUAUGGAUUGAACUUUCACAGUAUCAUGUUAGACCCGCUCGACAUCCAUUGCUUUCCUCCUCUCCAAGGUUCUCAUAGUCAUCAUUGUCACCGACGUCCCACUGGGUGUGAGUUUUCCUUGCCCUUAUGUGGGCCUACCGAGGAUGUCGUAGUGGUUUGUGCAGCCCUUUGAGACACUAGUGAUUUAGGGCUAUAUAAGUAAACAUUGAUUGAUUGAUUGAUUGCAACAGCAACUUCAUGCUCAGUUAGCUCAUUCGCUGAAGGAAAAACGAUGUCUGUAGCUGACUGACCGAUAGUUGGCAGACGACCAGGCUUUAUUUUAAGACGUGUAGUGAAGCCUGGCUCACUACACCUGGCCCACAAAAGGCAAAUUUUCUUACUGAAGUGGUGGAACAACAAAAACUAAAACCACACCGAUAAACACGUCAACUCAUGUCUACAAAGUAUCAGAAUGGGCAAAGGACUCAAAAUAUUAGCGCUAGAAACUAAAUUCCAACUCACAUCUGCGUAUUUCAUUCCUAAAAUCUUGACCAAAGUAAACACAUUCCAUUGGCCACAUACACACACACACACACACGCACACACACACACACACACACACACACACACACACCUAAUGAUUUCCCCAAACGCAGCAGCAACUGUGAGAUGAAUGAUGUAAGUCAUGACGGUGUUUUACCGAGACUACACCUUCUUUUUUUUUUUUCUUUUUCUUGAGCUUUGUUGACUUUUGAAGUGUGCUUAAAUGCUGACAAGAUGAGAAAAUGUGACUUUCCACUCCUACUGUUAUUUUUCCUUUUUCGGGUGAAACGAGAAAAGCAGGGAGUUCAUCAAACCCAGCCUGGCAUCGAACGCUUACUCCUAAGAAUUGACAUCUGCUAAACCAGUCUUAAACACACUUUCACCAUAGGAAAAUCACACUUUGACAACAUGACCUGUACUUAUAGAUAGAUAGAUAGUACUUUAUGGUACUUUACAUACUUAUGGAUGUGCACACAAUAUGAAUUAUGAAUAUAGUCACACGUGUGAGAAUAUAGUCAAGUUUCUAUAAAUUGCAAACGGUAAAGAUGGCCAUUUUCAAAGAGAUAAGAACGGAAUGUGUUUGUUAUUGUGCUUGUAGUUUGUUUCGGUGUCAACUACAUUGCAUCGCUAAGAGUCAGUUUCAGUGUACUUACUUCUACACCACCGCAUAACAGCAUGACAAUAAUAAAGAUUGUUCAUUGAA